CAUAUUCAGCUCACAAUCAUAUAUAUUAUUCGUUUUGGAUGAACUAGUCAAACAAUAUUCCUAUAAAAUCUUCCACCCAAUGAAUAAAUUUUCAUUUACAUUUCAAAUGGCACCUUUGUUUCACUAUUUGUUCCUCUUUCUCGUAAGUUCAUGUGCAGCUCAAACCAGUUUCAGGCCCAAAGCACUCCUCCUCCCGGUCACUAAAGACCCCUCAACUCUACAAUAUGUUACUCGUAUCAACCAAAGAUCUCCUCUUGUGCCCGUCCCCCUAACCCUUGAUCUGGGUGGUCAGUUUAUGUGGGCCAAUUGCUACACAGACUAUGUAUCUUCCACGUACCGUCCGGCUCGUUGUAAGUCUGCCCAAUGCUCGCUGGCUAAGUCCACCGCCUGUUCCGUUGAGUGCCCGGGAGCCCCCAAACCUGGGUGCAACAACAAUACAUGUGCUCUAAUGCCAGAUAACACCGUCACCCGUGUUGCAACCAUUGGUGAUCUUGGUUCGGACCUUGUUUCCAUCCAAUCAACCGACGGUAAGAACCCAGGUCAGGUGGUCUUGGUUCCUAAGUUCUUGUUCGUUUGUGGGUCUGCUUUAGAUGGGCUUGCCAGAGGCGUUGUUGGCAUGGCUGGGCUUGGAAGAUCUCCAAUAUCAAUACCUUCGCAAUUCUCUUCAGCUUUUAGCUUUCGCAGAAUAUUUGCUAUAUGUUUAACUUCAUCUUCAAACUCUCCGGGUGUCGUGUUCUUUGGGGACGGACCCUAUAGAUUCCUGUUAAACACCGACGCCUCGAGUAACCUUAUCUACACGCCAUUGAUCAAAAACCCGGUGAGCACAGCUUCCGCCUACACUCAAGGUGACGCGUCUUCUGAAUACUUCAUUGGUGUGAAAUCCAUCAGGAUCAAUGACAAGAUUGUCCCGGUAAACAAGACAUUGCUGACCAUUAAUCGUGAAGGCUACGGUGGCACCAAGAUUAGCACCGUGAAUCCAUACACAGUCUUGCAAACUUCAAUAUACAAGGCCAUUAUCACAGCAUUCGGAAAUGCGCUUUCCGGAGUGCCUAGAGUGGCAUCGGUUGCGCCUUUUGGUCUGUGUUUUAACUCCACCAGCCUUACUAGUACACGGGUUGGUCCUGGCGUGCCUCAGAUCGACCUGGUUCUCCAAAACAAUGAUGUUUUCUGGAGGAUCUUUGGUGCGAAUUCAAUGGUGCAGGUGAGUGAGGAUGUUUUGUGUCUCGGGUUUGUGGAUGGAGGAGUUAAUCCGAUGACUUCUAUAGUUAUCGGUGGACAUCAGAUCGAGGAUAAUCUACUGCAGUUUGAUCUUGCAAGAUCCAGACUUGGGUUCAGCUCGUCACUCUUGUUUCGGCAAACAACAUGCGCCAACUUCAAUUUCACCUCAAAUGCUUAAUUGGUUUUGAAUUCUGAAUCAUAUGAAAAAGAAUAACUGUAUUUCAAUUCAUACUUGUUUGUUUGUAAUUCAACAUUCUGUUGUAAUAACUAAUUCGUUUCGGUGAAGCAACACAAUGUUAUCCAAA